CCAAAAUUGGAGAAAUUUCACCAAGAAAUACAUUGUCGCAUAACAUUUGGAGGAUUUUGGUUUCGAAAUAAAUCAAAUACUCUGUUUACGUCACUCAAAAGAAUAUAUCGAAUCGAAGAUUUUUUAGUUGACGAUGGAGUCGUCAGCGUUACAGGGCGCAGAGAAUGUUUCCGUGAAGGCUGAGCCCUGUGAGGAUGAGUGUAUAACAGACAAGCCCUCGUUUGAGGAAUUGUUUGUGAUAGAUGAACCUUUUCUGCAUGACGUGUGUGUCAAAGACGAGCCCAGGUGCGAGGAUGUGACGAUAAAAGCCGAGAUUUCGUGCUCAGAUGUGUGUGUAAAAGACGAGUCGCUCGGCGUGAGCGCGGCGGCCGCGGCGACGGGGCUGUACACCGACCACGUGGUGAAAGAUGAGCUAAUGCUCGGCCCCGUGAUAGUGGAGCGGCGCGUGCGCCACACAACAACAGGUCCCACUCCACAGAAGAAACCAACAAGUAGACUCGAAACUUAUCAAUGUUUUUUAGAAAAACAUAAAAUAGUACACAACAGUACAAAAUAUGUUCUUACUAAUACAAAACCUUAUAUAUGUCAUCACUGUAGUUAUUCAACCAUCCGAAAGUAUGAUUUGAAUAUUCAUGUUAGGACACACACUGGUGAAAAGCCCUACAAGUGUGACCAGUGUAGUUAUGCUACUGGCAAAAAAAGUUAUUUAAAAAUUCAUAAAAAGAUACACACUCAUACAAAACCUUAUAAAUGUGACCAUUGUAGUUAUGCUACCAAUGGAACAAAUCAGUUAAAAAUUCAUAUAAGAACACACACUGGCGAAAAGCCACACGCUGGUGAAAGGCACUACAAAUGUGACCAGUGUAGUUAUGCUACUGGCUACAAAAGUAAUUUAAAAACUCAUAUAAGAACACACACUGGCGAAAAGCCUUACAAAUGUGACCAGUGUAGUUAUGCUACAGGCAAAAAAAGUAAUUUAAAAAUGCAUAAAAAGAUACACACUCAUACAAAACCUUAUAAAUGUGACCAUUGUAGUUAUGCUACCAACCGAACAGAUCAUUUUAAAACUCAUAUAAGAACACACACUGGCGAAAAGCCACACGCUGGUGAAAGGCACUACAAAUGUGACCAGUGUAGUUAUGUUACUGUCAAAAAAAGUAAUUUAAAAACUCAUAUAAGAACACACACUGGCGAAAAGCCUUACAAAUGUGACCAGUGUAGUUAUGCUACCAACCGAACAGAUCAUUUAAAAACUCAUAUAAGGACACACACUGGCGAAAAGCCUUACAAAUGCGACCAGUGUAGUUAUGCUACUGGCAAAAAAUGUAAUUUAAAAAUUCAUAAAAUGAUACACACUAAUACAAAACCUUAUAAAUGUGGCCAUUGUAGUUAUGCUACCAAUCGACCAAAUCAGUUAAAAAUUCAUAUAAGAACACACACUGGCGAAAAGCCACACACUGGUGAAAGGCGCCACAAAUGUGACCAGUGUAGUUAUGCUGCUAUCAAAAUUAGUAAUUUAAAAACUCAUAUAAGGACACACACUGGCGAAAAGCCUUACAAAUGUGACCAGUGUAGUUACGCUAGUUCGUACAAAAAAGGUUUACUAAUUCAUAAAAGCACACACACGAAUGCUGCUUUAUACAAAGAUAAUUCAUGCUAGCAAACAUACUUAUGAGAAACCUUACAAGUUUGAACACUGUAGACUGUAGUUAUACUUGCAACCUGAAAUGUUUUAUGAAUGAUCAUGUAAAGACACACGCUAGUGAAAAGUCUUACAAAUGUGACCAGUGCAGUUGUUUUUCUGUACAAAACAUCUUCACUAAUCCAUAAAAGCAAGCACACUAAUGAGGUACAAGAGUAGU